AUGGUGCACUGUAAGCACAUUACAGUCAAUGCCAAUGAUAUGAAGCUUGUUCUUGGUAUUAGUGCCAAAAUCAGGUCAAACUAUUUCAGCCUGAUUGAUGUGCCUGAUCACCCUGCCCCUGCUGCCACUACCUGCUGCCUGUGUGCUGCUUCUACCCUGCCAACUACUGCUGCCAUCUCCCUGCCUUCUCUUGGUGCUGUCAGGAUCUCUGCCUGUCAAAUGGUGGGUAUUAGAGCCUCUGUCCAGUUCACAAAGCUGGUUCUGGAGAAGCAGAAGGAGGAGGAGAAGAAGGAGAAGAAGAGAGAGAAGAAGAAUAAUAAUGAUAAUGAAGAUGAUGAUGAUGAUGAUUAA